UUUAUCGCCGGUGACUCACGAAAACGAGGACUUUUCACAUGUUGUUGCCUUGGCCAUUCAGCUCUGCAAGCUUAGGUAGCUAGAGGGCAGACUUGCACUAGUUCUAGUGUUAGUGCUGUACCAUGACAAAGUGGGUGCCUCCUCUCGGUCUCAGGUUCUCACUUCCUCCUCUGCUGCUGCUGGUGGCAGUGAUUGCUCCCGUCCAUGCCUAUGGCAAACUUGAGGUCGGGUUCUACAGGCAUUCGUGCCCCGACGCCGAGGCCAUUGUUCGCAGGAUCGUCACCAUGGCUAUGGAAGAUGACCUAACAGUCACCGCGCCGCUGCUAAGGCUCCACUUCCAUGAUUGCUUCGUCAGGGGUUGCGAUGGAUCAGUGCUGGUCAACUCGACCAAGACCAACAUCGCGGAGAGGGACGCCAAGCCGAACCACACCCUGGACGCCUUCAACGUGAUCGACACCAUCAAGGAGAGGCUGGAGGAGAAGUGCCCAGGCACCGUCUCCUGCGCAGACAUCCUCGCCGUCGCCGCCAGAGACGCUGUCUCGCUGGCUACUAAGGUCGUGACCAAGGGGGAAUGGAACAAGGACGGCAACUUGUACGAGGUGGAGACCGGCCGGCGAGACGGCCGCGUGUCGAGCGCCAAGGAGGCGGCGGCGGAGUUGCCUGAUUCCUUUGAUGGAAUCCAAAAGCUCAUCAAGAGGUUUGCGUCCAAGGGCCUUGGACUCAAGGAUCUUGUUGUUCUAUCAGGUGCCCACUCGCUAGGGAAUUCACACUGCCCAUCUUUAGAGAAGAGACUACGUAAUUUCACGGCUGAUGACGAUAUAGACCCUACCCUGGACAAGACGUACGCGGCAACACUAAAGCAACAGUGCACAAAUUCUGAUGACAACGUGACGGAGGUGCAAAUGGUGCCGGGGCGCUCGACAAGUUUUGAUGCAACCUACUACCGCCUCGUCACAGAGAACAAGGGCCUUUUCCACUCGGACGAGGCCUUGUUGAGUAAUGGUGCUACAAAAAUGCUCGUGUAUGGUUACAUGAGUUUGGAGAAGAGAUUCCUUAAGGACUUUGGGGUAUCUAUGGUGAAUAUGGGGAGGGUUGAUGUGCUCGCCGGUAGCGAGGGGGAGAUCAGGAGAACAUGUGCCGUUCUCAACUAAUAUAAACUACCUAGUUGUUCUGUGGUGUAUGUGGUGUUCAAUCUUGUCAAUUUGCUUUUGUUCAAUAGAUGUGUAGGAAUUAAAGUUUUAACUUCAGAAUUGUCAGCUUAAUCUUUUGUUGGCAUUUAUAGUCCUAAUGUUUAUCAUAACAUGUUGCAUAUAUUUUUAUCGUCUUCUUACA